UCAUGCAGCAACAGGGAGGGAUAUGCUGUAUCAUCCAUCCCGGCAGACGCUCGCUCCUUUAGUCGCACUCCUGCAGCUCCAUCAUGGCUCUCAACAUCCCCGGAGUGGCUGUCAUGAUGUUCUUCUACCUGCUGGUCCUCGGGAUCGGCAUAUGGGCUUCCAUCAAGUCCAAAAAGGAAGCCAAGAAGGGCCAGGGGGAUAAGACGGAGAUGGCGCUGCUGGGCAACCGGGGCAUCAACCUGGUGGUCGGCAUCUUCACCAUGACAGCCACGUGGGUUGGAGGUGGAUUCAUCGUGGGCACAGCAGAGGCAGUGUACAACCCCUCCAUGGGACUGAUCUGGGCCGUAAUGCCAAUCGCAGCAACCCUGUGUUUCAUCAUUGGUGGCCUGUUCUUCGCUGAGCCGAUGAGAAACAAUAAAUAUGUGACCAUGAUGGAUCCUUUCCAGAUCAAGUAUGGAAAAGUACCAACGGCUGCUCUUUCGUUGGCUUCACUGGUAUCGGAGAUUAUGUGGGUGACAGGAACACUCAUAGGAUUAGGUGUAACUAUGAGUGUAAUCUUGGAUUUGUCCUACACUGUGAGCAUCUGGAUUUCUGCUGCUGUGGCCAUUACCUACACCCUGAUGGGAGGUCUCUACUCUGUGGCCUACACCGAUAUCAUACAGCUCAUCCUCAUUUUCAUCAGCUUGUGGCUGUGCGUUCCCUUCGCUCUGAUGAGCCCCGGUGUGUUGGACAUCACUGAGACAGCAUACAACCACACCUUCCAGUCUCCGUGGGUUGGCACUCUGGAGGCAGACAGAGCCUGGAGGUGGAUCGAUAACUUUCUACUUCUGGGUUUGGGGAACUUGGGUCUUCAGAACUUUCACCAGAGGACGCUGUCAGCGGCCUCCUCAGCUACAGCCAAGAUAACCUGCUUCGCUGCUGCGUUCAUCGUCCCCACAUUAGGCAUCCCUCCCAUACUCCUCGGCGCAGUGGCUGCAUCAACAAACUGGAACUUGACUUCUUAUGGUUCUCCUUCUCCAUUUGAACGUGGGGAGACCGGACUUAUCCUGCCCAUCGUCCUGCAGCACCUUACCCCAACCUACAUCUCCAUCAUCGGUAUUGGGGCGGUGGCCGCCGCUGUGAUGUCAUCCACGGACUCGGCCUUACUGUCUGCAGCCUCCAUCUUCACCUCCAACAUCUAUAGGAACAUCCUGAGGCCACAGGCGUCAGAGCAGGAGAUCCAGUGGGUGAUCCGGGGCUCAGUGGUGGUGGUGGGUCUGGCCGGUACAUCUCUCACCUUCCUGGACAACAGCGUCCUGAUGAUCUGGAUGCUUCGAUCCGACCUCACCUACACCCUCAUGCUGCCGCAGCUCGUCUGCGUGCUCUUCUUCAAGAUCUCCAACGGUUACGGGGCCGUUCUGGGCUGCGUGGUGGGCGUACUGUUGCGGGUGUUGUGCGGGGAGCCGCUGCUUGGGAUACCUGCUAUUCUUCAAUUCCCAGGAUGCAUUCUGGUAAAUGGUGUUUACAUCCAGCGCUCCCCGAUUAGGACCAUCUGCAUGCUGUCUGCUGUGGUGUCCAUCUUGUUGUUCUCCUAUCUGGCAUCUCUUCUCUUCAACAAAGGACUGAUUCCUGAAAAAUGGGAUGUUUUUGACGUCAAAGCUCAGUACUCAAUACAAACACAAGGUGGCACCAAAUCCAGCACCAUAAAUGAGAACUUGAAAGAACAAAAUGAGAACAAUGAAGUGUGUGAACCUAUGUUAGAAUCAACAUUUUAAGUAAGAAAUAUCAUUUGAAAUACAUUAUUAGACAUUUUCCAUCAGCAUGGACUGGUUUAGGAACAAAUAUAUGUUAUGUGUAAUUACAUACUUUAAAUAGUACAGUAUAUUUUGAAUUUUUGUAUACUUUUAUAUACAGCGUAAAUGGAAAAAUGCUCUUUGUCAUUAUAAGAGCUCAACAUUUUCUCUGCAAUUUUUUGCAGCAGUGUUACCUUAAAAUGCCCCCCACUCACCCUCACCAGGAAUGCAAUGCUCACAAUUGUUUCUCACUCUUGUUUUUAGCAACAUUUUGUAGGUUGACCAUAACUCAAAAGUGCUGCUGUUGAUUGAACUUUAGUUUCUUGUUCAUAGAGAUGAAGGAGGGCUGUUUAUGCUCUCACAUAUUCUUGAAGCAGAGCUAUGCAGCUGUCAAACACUGACAUUCUGAUGCAGGCUUACUGUACCCUCAGAGUGCACAGUGCAGCUGUAAUAUGUUAAAUGAAAUAUCAGAAUACCUAUUGGCAAGCACUUAAAAUGUAAAGAUUUUGACCGAGAUCAGGACCAAAAAUAAAACUUUCUGCCACACCUCUGGGCUUGGUCGUGGUUGCAGCAGGCUGAGCAAUGUAGUCCAGUUGUCCCUCAUUCCAGCAACAUUUUCUAGCUCCACAUGGGUGAUCGAUCCCAAGGCGUUCCCAAGCACCAGAUGAGAUAUAUAAUCUCCAAUGUGUUCUGGGUCUACCUUAGGGUCUCCUACCAGUUAGACAUGCCUGGGAAAACUUCCAAAAGGAAGGCGCCCAGGAGGCAUCCUGAUCAGAUGCCAAACCACCUCACUGGCUCCUUUCCAUGGGAAGGAGCAGUGGCUCUACUGUGACCUCCCUCUGCAUAUCUGAGCUCAUUCUCUAUCUCUAAGGGUCAGCCAAUCCACCCUAGAGAGCGAUCUCUAUUAUCAAAAUUGUCAAAGACAAAAUAAAAGUCGCUUAAUGAAGAGGCCGGUGAGGCUCAUUAUGUAAAUCCACUCCUUCAGUCCAUAGUAUAGCAGGCUUUUGCGUUUAAAGGACCAGUGUGUAGGAUUAAGCGGCAUCUAAUGGGGCGGUUGCAGAUCACAAUGCCCUCAUUUCACCCUCCCAUUCCAAGCAUGUAGGAAAAACUACAGUGGCUGUGAAACUUGCAAAAAACACAAAAGGCCCUAUCUAUAGCCAAUGUUUGGUUUGUCUGUUCUGGGCUACCGUAGAAACAUGGCAGACUCCAUGGAAUAUGGAAUGUUCAGGUGAUUAUACAACCGAUCCUCCUGAAUGUAUGACCAGGCGUUAAUACUGCUGACAUACAGCACCACCAUUGAAUGAAUACAGAGAAAAAACAGCAGGGCUGCUGUUACAACCCAAUGAGGCCAACGGAUUGAUCUGAUUAUGGGGUACUCAGGGCCAAGCAAAACAGAUUACAUGGAAGCAAAGGGGCUUCAGUGAGAUGAGCUUUUUAACGUAAUCAAUUAAUUUGAAAUAAACCUCCUGUCUUUUCCAUUACCAUUCUUUUCUUUACACAUGCGCAUUAUUGUUUUAUUGUCUUGAAGGAGACCGACCACAGUGAAUACAGCCUGAAAUAAUGGCUGUGGUCACUGGUCUGCUCCACUUGAAACACAACACCCACAAUGUGAUAUGUCUCUGUUAUUGUUUUAAACACUAUCUAGAGAGAUGACUUUAAAGUGUACACAAUGUAAAUUCACAGGGCACAGUUGAUGAGAGGGGAGUCAUUUUAUGUUUUAUAUGUUUUAAGUAAUAUUUCAAGGCCCAAGAACAACCUCAGGAUCAAUGUGAAGGACAUCUCUCCUAUAAGAGGACUGUGCUCCUAACUCAGAUCAGUGUCAUUGGUGCUGAAGAUAAUAAGUAAAAUAUUGAUCAUGGGAGGAUAAGACCUAUGUUAACAAUUAUGACAAUUUCCCUUUAAGCAUUGCUCACUCAUCUCUACUGACUGAUGGCAUAACUAAGCACUAAGUGAUGAGCGAGUACACCAUUGCUUACACUCAAAGCCAGAAAUCUCCACAUUCGUAAUACGUAAAGCUACCAAUUUUACAAACAAUUCCUUGAACUUGCCAGUCAUGGGCAGAGGCUAUUUUUAAUGUAUUUUUUCAUUUUCAUUUUCAGCAUAUAUGACGUGUUUUCCAACAUAAAAGCCUUUAUUAAGAAACUAUAUUUUGACAAAAGCUAUUUAGUUAUUGAUCAGAACUAAGCAAGAAAAAAAGUUCUCUCAGCUAUUUGGGCCAAAAAAUGGUUUGUACUAAUAUGAAAAUGAGCAUGUUUAAUUAGACCUCGUCUAAUUUGCAUAAUUUAAUCAUAAAUCAUACAAAAAAAGUCUUGUAUUUGGGUGUAUAUUGAUUCUAAUGAAAUAAAAACCUUUUGGAAUAUUUUCUCCCCCCUAUUCCCGGGUGAUGCCUGGUCUUAAAUUUCUACAGUCCUCUAAUUUAGUUCAACUUCUUUUUUUUUUUAUAGUACUGUGCUGGGUUAGGCUUGUAUUUGUCAACAUCUACAUGACUUAUAGACCCUUAAUUCUGACAGAAUUUGUCCUUGAAAAGUGCUUGAAUGUAUCAUUACAAAGAGCGCCAACCCUGUAAUUAAGACACAUAAUUUUAUGAGGACAAACAUGGAUACAAUAAGUUUUGGAAUGAAACCAUUCACUUGUUUAAGUCCACGGAACUAAACCUGACUCCAUGUAUGUCCGAGCUCAUGAUGACACACAAAAAUAACCGCCCUCUGCUUGAUAAUUUAACACAGGACUGUAUGGCAUGCUAGCGCUGUGACAGAUGUCCGUACUGUCCUCUGAUGUCCGCGUCAUAUCUAAGUCUAUAUGAGGUGGCAUCUCGCUCCUGACUUGUCUGUGUGCCAACAGCUCUAGUGGAACAAUCGUCCCACAGGACAGGGUAACACGGACUGAGAUAAAGGUGUUCUAUAAUAAGACUACACAAGCAAGUGCUGCUGUCACAAGGACGCUGCUGUGGCUGCUUCCUGUGUCCUUUGUCUGUAUGUUGAUGGUUACGUUGGUGGUGAAGUUAAGACUAAGGUUACUCCUUGACCUUGAAAUAAAAUUUUUGUUCCUUUGGAUGUUCAA